UCUCAAUCUGUCACCAAGGCUGGAGUGCAGUGGCAUGAUCUUGACUCACUGCAACCUCUGCCUCAUGGUUUCAAGUGAUUAUCCUGCCUUAACCUCCUGAGUAGCUGGGACUACAAAAGUGUGCCACCAUGCCUGGCUAAUUUUUGCAUUUUUAGUAGAGAUGGGGUUUUGCCAUAUUGGCUGGGCUAAUUUUGAACUCCUGAUCUCAAGUGAUCUGCCUGCCUCAGCCUCCCAAAAUGCUAGGAUUACAGGAGUGAGCCAUGAUGUCUGGCUAUUUAUACUAUCUAUUUCACUGAUGAUUCCUUCCCUCAUUUCUUGUAUCAUUUAAAAAAAUUUUCUUAAAUUGGAUUUCACCUUUCUGUGUUGCCUCCUUGAUUAGCUUAAUAACUGAUCUUCGGAAUUCUUUUUCAGGAAAAUCAGAAAUUUCUUCUUGGUUUGGAGCCAUUGCUGGACAUCUUUGCCAUUCAACCUCUGAUUUGCCCAAGGUGACUAAAGAACCAGCAGCAAACAAAAGCAAAGGUCUUCUAGAGUGCAUUAGAGCAGAAGACAACGUAAGAUUUGUAUCUUACCAUGAAAGCAUUAUCUGAAGGACUGUUAAGGCUUUGUGUUGUUCAACCAGUACAUCUCACGUCAUGGCUCCUUAUAUUUUUUAUUCUAAAGUCUAUCUCUUGUCUAAAACCUGCUCGACUUCCAAUUUAUCAAAGGAAGCCUUUUAUAGCUGCUUGGAAUGCUCCAACAGAUCAUUGUUUGAUAAAAUAUAAUUUAAGACUAAAUUUGAAAAUGUUUCAGGUGAUUGGAAGUCCACUGGCCAAGGCCAGGGGACAAAAUGUCACUAUAUUUUAUGUCAACAGAUUGGGAUACUAUCCAUGGUAUACAUCAAAAGGGGUCCCCAUUAAUGGGGGUCUCCCACAGAACAUAAGUUUACAAGAACAUCUGGAAAAAGUUGACCAAGAUAUUAAUUAUUACAUCCCUGCUGAAGAUUUCAGUGGACUUGCUGUUAUAGAUUGGGAAUAUUGGCGACCACAGUGGGCCCGGAACUGGAAUGCAAAAGAUGUCUACAGACAAAAGUCAAGAAAGUUUAUUUCCGACAUGGGAAAGAACGUAUCAGCUACUGAUAUUGAAUAUUUAGCUAAAGUGACCUUUGAAGAAAGUGCAAAAGCUUUUAUGAAAGAAACCAUCAAACUGGGAAUUAAGAGCCGACCCAAAGGCCUUUGGGGUUAUUAUUUAUAUCCUGAUUGCCACAAUUAUAACGUUUAUACCCCAAACUAUACUGGAUCAUGUCCAGAAGAGGAAAUCUUGAGGAACAAUGAGCUCUCUUGGCUCUGGAACAGCAGUGCUGCUUUAUAUCCUUCUAUCGGUAUCAGGAAAUCCCUUGGAGACAGUGAAAACGUUUUGCGCUUCUCCCAAUUUCGGGUGCACGAAUCCAUGAGAAUCUCCACCAUGACAUCUUAUGAUUAUGACCUGCCUGUAUUUGUCUACACAAGGCUGGGGUACAGAGAUGAGCCUUUAUUUUUUCUUUCUAAGCAAGAUCUAGUCAGCACCAUAGGAGAAAGUGCUGCCUUGGGAGCUGCAGGCAUCGUUAUCUGGGGAGACAUGAAUUUAACUUCAUCCAAGGCCAAUUGUACAAAGGUGAAGCAGUUUGUGAGUUCUGAUUUAGGGAGCUACAUAGUCAAUGUGACCGGAGCUGCUGAGGUAUGCAGCCUUCACCUCUGCAGGAACAAUGGGAGGUGCAUAAGGAAGAUGUGGAACGCACCCAGUUACCUUCACUUGAACCCUGCAAGUUACCACAUAGAGGCCUCUGAGGAUGGGGAAUUUACUGUGAAAGGAAAAGCAUCUGAUACAGACCUGGCAGUGAUGGCGGAUAAGUUUUUCUGUCAUUGUUAUCAGGGAUAUGAAGGAGCUGAUUGCAGAGAAAUGAAGAUGGCUGAUGGCUGCUCUGGGGUUUCUCCUUCUCCUGGCUCACUAAUAGCACUGUGUCUGCUGCUUUUAGCAAGUUAUCAAAGCAUUCAGUUGUGAGAUAAUUGAGUUUAAAGGGAAUUAUGUGGCCUCUAGCCAAGUCAUUUAAAGAAAGAUGUAACUUAUGACAAUUUUUUUCUCCUAUGAAUUCUAUUGAGAGGUAUUAUAAGUAGACAUUAUGCAUGUCACAACAUAAACAGAAGGAUAUUAUUUUAUUUGCCUCCAAUUUGGCUAGGAAACCAGAUCUGGAGUAAAGUCAAUGUACGCUUCCUCCUUAUUGGAAUAUUUAAGUUACAUUUAAAUUAAAGUUAGUAUAAUUUAGUUUUUACGUGAAUGAACAUACAUAAAAGUAUACAUUAAAUCAUUGAUUUCAAAGAC